AUGCUCCGACUGUUAAAAACAGCAGUUGGAGCUAACCGCUCCCCUGCGAGCCCAACCACCAACACCAGCGAAGGCAUCCAAGUCCGAGUCGGGCGCCCAAAUGCGCGCACACUCACCAUUUCGCGCUCAGCGCUCAAGUCAAACGCAGUGCUACGCCGAACCGUGGUCCAGGGGUGCCACAUCCUCAACGCCGACCCCAUCGUCUUCGCCGUCGUGCUCGAGUACCUCGAGAGCCGGCGCAUAAUGGAGCGUAUUCGACCAGGCACGCGGAACCCGUUGACGCAGCUGAUCACGGGCGAUGAGAGGUUGUGCAAGCUUGCUAAAGCAUGGCAUAUAGGAGACAUGAUCCAGCUACCUCAGCUACAGAACAAGCUUCUUGAUAUGUUUCGUGAGGUGUAUGUGCAACAUCUGAAGACCCACACUCGAGUACCCCCUCAGGCUGAGCCGUUCGCCUACCUCGCCAUGUAUCUGGGGACGUUCUCAAAGAUUGAGAGGUUCCUGAUAGACUUCUAUGCCGGCCUCUCGCGCUUUGGAGGUGAGUUCACGGAUGAAGAACUUGAGCAUUUUCCGUAUGGGAUUGCUAUUGCACUCAAGCACCGCCGCGAUCGCUUCGUCAUACAGGGUUGGCUGGGCGAUCUCAUCGCAAACAACAGCGAUUACUGCCACAUCACCUGCUCUGAGCAUGUGAACCAUCUACCGCUGCAAGUCGCCCUGCCAUAUGCCCAGCGCUCAAACAGCACUGUCACGUCUACGCCUUCGCUUUCAGGUCGAACUCGCCGCGGUAUCUCCAUCUCCUCCAUUGCCUCCUUCUUCUCCAGCUCCUCCAACCGCACCAUCGCCGCUCCUACCUCCACCGACCUCAUCCGCUCCUCCUCCUCCAACCUACCACCCCCUCCUCGCCGUGGAAUCCGCCAGCUCAUGCGCCUCUCCAUCCCCGGUAUCACAAGCCUAAACGGCCAGCCCGACGUCCUUGUAUCACGCGCCAUGAUGCCCGCGCUCCAGUCCACUUUCGGAGAGGGAAUCCGCCCUAGGUCUAACCGCUCCAACUCCAUGGUCACCAUGCUGCCUAGUCGAGCCCCUUUCAUGCCUCCGCCACCGAUGCUGCGCCGUGCUAGGACGACGCCGCCGCCCGAGGAGGAUUCAUCGACUGAUGGGGAGGGUGAGGGGUUGUUUCCUGCGAGGCUGAAGUCUUGUGCCGAUCAGGUUAGGGAUGACGAGUAUGGGGCUGUUCGGGAACGUGAGGAUAGGGAUAGGGAGAUGGAUGGUGCUUGGGAUGAGGAGGGGUAA